AUGUUUGGACCACUUCUUGCUGCUGCGGCUCUCUUUGGGCUGGCUGUAGGCCAGAAGAUUACUCUUCAAGCAGAGGAUGCUACGCUCUCUGGUACAACGGUUGGAUCUUCGGUUGCGGGCUUUACAGGAACCGGAUACGUAGAAGGCUUCUCAGAUGCCACAGACAAAGUCACUUUUAACAUCACCAGCCAAACCGGGGGUCUUCACGACCUCGAGUUGAUCUACAACGGACCCUACGGCGAUAAAUUCACCAACGUUGUCUUUAACAACGCAGGCGGCAGCCAAGUCAGUCUCCCCGCGACGACAAGUUGGACAACCGUACCAGCCGGCCAGGUGCUUCUCAAAGCAGGCAUAAACACAGUUGAGAUCCAGAGCAACUGGGGUUGGUACCUCAUCGACGCCAUCACCCUCACGCCCACUGCCCAGCGACCUCCCCACAACAUCACUACAACCCCCGUAAACCCAAAAGCCAAUGCCGACGCCAAAGCACUCCUCAAAUACCUCGUCAGCAUCUACGGCAAGAAAAUUCUCUCGGGCCAACAAGACCAAGCCUCCUUGGACUGGGUAACCACCAACGUCGGCAAGACACCCGCCAUCCUCGGCCUCGACCUAAUGGACUACACCGACUCCCGCACCUCCCGCGGCGCCUCAUCCAAAGACAUCGACCACGCCCUCGCCUUUUCCAAAAAAGGCGGCAUCGUAACCUUUGUCUGGCACUGGGGCGCCCCGACCGGUCUCUACGACACAACCGAGCAACCGUGGUGGUCCGGCUUCUACACGCGCGCAACAGACUUUGACAUUUCGACGGCGCUAUCCUCGCCCGCCAACGCAAACUACACGCUCCUCAUGCACGACAUUGACACGGUCGCCGCCCAGCUCAAAACCUUGCAAUCCGCCGGCGUCCCCGUCCUAUUCCGACCGCUCCACGAAGCCGAAGGCGCAUGGUUCUGGUGGGGCGCCAAAGGCGCCGCCCCCGCAAAACAACUCUACCGCAUCCUCUACGACCGCCUCACCAACGUGCACAACUUGCACAACCUGCUCUGGGUCUGGAAUUCCGUGUCUCCAGACUGGUAUCCCGGCGACGAUGUCGUGGAUAUCGUGUCUGCGGAUACGUAUGCGCAGGGGGAUCAUGGACCCCAGUCUGCUACGUACAAUGCCUUGUUGAAGCUGGGCCAGCGGGAGAAGAUUGUCGCCGCGACAGAGGUCGGGAGUGUCAUGGAGCCUGGUGAGUUGGUGGCAUAUCGUGCCGAUUGGGCGUGGUUUGUGGUUUGGGGUGGUGAGUAUAUUAGUGGUGGCGUGUGGAAUGGGGUCGAGUUGCUAAAGAGGAUUUAUGCGGAUGCCUAUGUUUUGACCUUGGAUGAGAUUCAGGGGUGGAGGGGACGGUAG